UCGGGCGCACUCUGCCAGAUACAUUGCCGACGUAAUAUCUCUCGCGGGGUUAUCGAGAAGUACGAAUGAAAACUAAAAUUGCAAAACGGUUAUCCGAAAGUGGCGAAGAAUUUCUCCGAAAUUCGCCGAGGUUUCAUCGCAACAACCUUCAGAAGCGCGCUCGGGCUCCGUGAUUGAUUUGCUACUGGUGCAACCAGACGAAGCCUGUUUUGAACGCUAACGUGUUCAGGUCUGGAUUGGUCCGUCGGAUGUGCGUUUUAGGCAUUGACCUACAAUCUCCCCAAACCGCCGUGGUCUGGGGGAAAAGGCAACAGCUGUGUGUCGCCACGGCAAUUUGUCGGGCUAUUCUGACUAAGCGCGUUACAUUGUAGCGCCCAUUUAGUAUUAUACACGUCAGUGUGAUGGGCAGUGACGGUUAGCGCGUUUACGAGCGUAGCUGCGUAGUAGCGGGCUGAUCACGACAGGCGAGCGAACACUCAAAAUGGCAGCUGACAAAAACACUGACGACACGCCGGACCCCGGCGGCAAAUUGGACCCGGCGGAGGAGAGGUCGCAAUAUUUCAAGAAGCUGGAGAAGUGGCUCCACGAGGUGUACACUUGGCAGAGCGUCGCCGCGAUGUUCCCUUAUUACAUGAUAUCGGGCCACGUUGUGAAUCCGAUUGCCGCUUCAACACCCUUUCAACCGAAUCAAGUGCCCACAGCGCCGACCAGGCCGAUAAUCGAGAAUGCGGAUAGACAAAAUGAGACCUUAAGGCGGAGGAGACCUCAAGCGACAGGACCCUUCCAACCGCCAGGAACCGAAGGUUACGAGUAUCGCAUCCCUCCGAUAUGGAAAAGGUUCGCCGCGGAAUUCAUAGAUUCAACGAUGUUGUUUCUCCUCAAGUUCUCCAUUUCGUUUAUCGCGUUCGAUAUCUUCUACAUUAUAGAUAUCGACGACCUAGAUGUAUUGCAAACGGAUUUGCGUAUCGAUUAUAAAAUGGCAUUGGAGAUGACUUAUGGGAUCCUCCUGUUGGAAGUGAUCCAUCGUGUAAUAGUCUGUAUAUUUGAGGCUUUCUGGCUUCAGCACGGUAUGUACGGCUAUAUCGGAGGUGCUACUCCCGGCAAGUACAUGAUGGGUUUGCGGGUGGUCCAGUGUCGAAGCAUAACCCCCGUGGAGCGACCUAACGAGCCGGACGUGGUUCUGGUCACACCCGGGACCGACCUGGGCCUGCCGUUGGCCCUGGGUCGAUCGGUGGUGAAAAACUUCGUGCUGGCGUUCCUGUUCCCCAUCUGCUUCUCGCUGUUCUUCUUCAGGUUCAACAGGACCGGCUAUGAUCUGAUAUGUAAUUCCAUCGUCGUGGAAGACGCCUACAGGAACGUGAACAACAACAGGUUGCAACAACAGCAGUAGCCCUGCUGACGAAGGGGGCUGCUGUGCUGCUGCUACACGCGGAAUUCUGUGAUGUGUACACUGAGAAAUCCCACUGAAAUUACAGUCAUUUUCGGCCUCCAACUAUACCCUCUUCUGAUUUUAACCCAAAAAUAGUAGUUAGCAAUAUGCGCAUGUAAGAGGUUAUUAUACUGCUGACACUAUAGUCCACACUUAUUAGAGAAACAGUCAUCCUGACUAUAAUUCAUUUACUUGUGCGAUUACAGUUACAAAUACCAAAAUUUUUUUUCUCAGUGUAUAUAACGGGUGGCUGUGUUUGUACCUAGGUAUGUGUGCGAGUCCAUUAAACGUGUGCGUGACGUGUAUAUACGUGUAAAAAAGGGAAAAAGGAAAAAAAAAAUAAAUAUUAUUACAACCAGGUACUGUUA